UGGUCCCUGCCGUGCCGGUCACAUGACAGUUCAACUAUGGCUUCCCCCCUCGCAGUGAUGGAGGCUCGUCGGUAACAACAACACAAACCUCAGGCUCUUCUCCCCGUGUAUCGGUCCGCUGAGCCUGGCUGGAGUCACGAUGCAGAAGAUCAAGUCCCUCAUGGCCCGGCAGGGCCUGAAGAGCCCCCAGGAGAGCAUGGCUGACCUCAGUCCUGUGGAGAACCUGAGGAUCCCCAGCAAGGAGGAGUUGCGGGAGUUGAGGGAACAGUCCAUCGACCCCCAGGCGGAGCAGGAGAUCAUCAACAGCAUUGAGGAGGUCUACUUCUCCAACGACUCCUUUGACAUGGUGCAGCAUGAACUGGAGAAACUCCCACCUGAGCUGAACCUGCAGGAUCUGGAGGAGUAUCGAGACAAGCUGAAGAGACAACAGGCAGCAGUUUCUAAAAAGGUUGCAGAUCUCAUUCUGGAGAAACAGCCUUCUUAUGUCAAGGAGCUGGAGAGAGUAACCUCAUUACAGACCAACCUGCAGCUGGCAGCAGUCAUUUGCACUAACGCAAGGAGACAACUGAGCGUCUCGAAGGAAGGAUUCACAGAGGCCAGCCUGGGUCUACUGGCCAAUCAGAGAAGACGACAACUGCUGACAGGCUUGCUCAAGUCUCUGAGGACCAUCAAGACCCUGCAAAGAACAGAUGUAAGACUCAGCGAGAUGCUAGAGGAGGAAGACUACCCAGGUGCAAUCCAGCUCUGUCUGGAAUGUCAGAAAGCUGCCAGCACCUUUAAACACUACAGCUGCAUCAGUGAAUUGAAUUCCAAACUACAAGACACCCUGGAGCAAAUAGAGGAGCAGCUUGAUGUCGCCCUGUCGAAGACUUGUAAGCACUUUGAUGUUCUGCACUACACCAAGGUCCAGCUGGCCUACACGCUCCUGGGCAAGACACAGACCGCUAUGGACCAGCUGCACAUGCACUUCACCCAGGCCAUCCACAACACUGUGUUCCAAGUGGUGCUGGGAUACGUGGAGCUGUGUGCUGGAAACGCUGACACCAAGUUCCAGAAGAUGCAAUAUAAGGACCUGUGCACGCACAUCACCACGGACAGCUACAUCCCCUGCCUGACCGACCUGUGCAAGGCAUUGUGGGAGGUGAUGCUGAGCUACCAUCGCACCAUGCAGUGGCACGAGGAGCACGACAAACAGGAGGCCGCACCAGCUCCAGAUGAUGCAGCAGCAGCAGCAGCAAAGUCUGAUGAGUUAGUUGUGGACCGCAGCUACGUGAAGAAGAAACUGGAGCACGGUCUAACACGGAUCUGGCAGGAUGUCCAGUUGAAAGUGAAGGCCUACAUCCUGGGAACGGACAUGUCUAACUUCAAAUAUGAUGAUUUCAUAGUGGUACUGGACGUCAUCAGCAAGUUGAUGCAGGUGGGUGAGGAGUUCUGCGGCAGCAAGUCCGAGGUCCUGCAGGAGUCAAUCAAACGCCAGAGCGUCAACUACUUUAAAAACUAUCACAGGGCACGACUGGAAGAACUGAGGAUGUUUCUGGAGAAUGAGACGUGGGAACUUUGUCCUGUCAAGUCUAACUUCAACAUCGCUCAGCUCCAUGAGUUUAAGUUCAUGGGCCAGUGUCGCUCUCCGUCCGUCUCCCCGAGCAGACAGGCCGUGUCCUCGACCACACCGGCCCAGGAUGAGCUGUCACUCUUCCAGCAGUACCUCCAGGAGGGGAACCCGUUUGAGAUGCACAUGGAGCAAAAAGAGGAGGAGACGGAGGAUGUGCUGGCAUCGAACGGAUAUGAGUCAGACGAGCUGGAGAAGAGCGUUUAUCAGGAUUACGACAGCGACAGCGAUGUCGCAGAGGAGCUCAAGCAGGACUACGUGGACGAGCAGACGGGAGACGCCCCUCUUAAGAGCGUGUCCCGGGAGACCAUAAGAAGCAAGAAGAAGUCGGACUACAACCUUAAUAAGACCAAUGCACCAAUCCUCACCAACACCACCCUCAACGUCAUCCGGCUCGUUGGGAAGUACAUGCAGAUGAUGAACAUUCUGAAGCCGAUCGCCUUCGACGUCAUCCACUGUGUGUCACAGCUCUUCGACUACUACCUGUACGCCGUGUACACCUUCUUUGGACGCAAUGACAUGUAUGAGUCAUCGGGUUUGGGCCUUAUCAGCAGCAGACUGAGAACCACAUUGAACCGGAUCCAGGAGAGCCUCAUUGAUAUGGAGGCGCUAGGGGAGAAUGCAGGCGUCCACGGCCCAGCAGAGGACAGGAAGGAGAAGGUACCCAGCCCCCAUCUCAGUCAGCUGGUGGUCCUCACCAACAGUGGGACUCUCUAUGGGCUCGCACAGAGGGUGGUGGCCACUGAGUCUCUUGUGUUUCUGGCUGAACAGUUCGAGUCCCUCCAGUCCCACCUGGACACGAUGAUGCCUGCAGCCAAGAAGCCUUUCCUGCAGCAGUUUUACUCCCAGACGGUUUCUACAGCCAGUGAACUGCGGAAACCGAUCUACUGGAUCGUGGCGGCCAAGGCCAUCGACUACGAACAAAUGUUGCUCAUGAUGUCCGGAGUUAAAUGGGACAUCAGGGAGAUAAUGUCACAGCACAAUGUAUAUGUGGACGUCCUUUUAAAGGAGUUUGAGCAGUUUAACAAGCGGCUGGGUGAUGUUUCCAGACACGUGCGCAUCCCGCUGCCUGUGUCCAACGUCCUUUGGGAGCACUGCAUCCGUCUGGCCAACAGGACUCUUGUUGAGGGCUACGCUAACGUGAAGAAAUGUAGCAACGAGGGCCGCGCCCUGAUGCAGCUGGACUUCCAACAGUUCCUCAUGAAGCUGGAGAAGCUGACCGACCUGAGACCCAUCCCUGACAAAGAGUUUGUCGAGACCUACAUCAAGGCUUAUUACCUGACUGAGAACGACAUGGAGCAGUUUAUCAAGAAUCACAGGGAGUAUUCCAUGAAGCAGCUCGCCAACUUGGUGAACGUUUGCCUGGGCUCACAUAUAAACAAGAAAGCUCGUCAGAAACUCCUGGCAGCCAUCGACGACAUUGACAGACCCAAGAGAUAGACUGACCCACAGAGCCGACCCGAAACAUAUCAACCAACGACCUGCAGAGAUGGAACAACAGGAACUCCCACAGUGUCGAAUGUCUUCUGUUUUUGUCUAUAACAUGAUGUUGAGGUGCGUUCGACGAGUUCCACAGUGCUUUCGGUAGUGGAGCUAAAGUUUAUAGCUCAAAUGUUAGCCAGAUGCUAAACGAUCAGUCUUUAUAUUGUCGAAAACACAACCUGCCCCUUGUUAAACGCACCUCAAGACACAAUGGACAGUUAUACUAAAGGUGUUUAACACUCUCAAGCAUGCUGCAGUUACUAACGUACUAUAACACAUGCUCUCACCAGUUCAUUUAACAAACAUGCUGCUUUUGAACGGUUCCUGCAAAUAUAGUCUAACGAACAUCUACAAAUAACGCUGUAAGUGUGAAGUGUGCUGUAAACAUGUGGCCGUUAAUUUAUGGCGUUCCAACUGUUUCUCGCUGAAUGUGCUCAGUUUGCUGACACAGCUCCGACAUCGAGAUUAAAAAAAACAACGAGUGAUUAUUUAUGAGUCACUAAAUUUUAGCGUCACGUUCAUUAAUCAUUCUUUUUAAGUUAUUCCAGCUUAUAUGUUUCUUUGUUUUACUUGUUUAAAUCUAAUAUAAUGAUGAUUCUGAAAAUAAUAUAAAUUGCUGUAGUAAGCGUUAACAUAGUUUAGAGAUUGUAUCAGCUGCAUUCGUUAGCAAUCUGUCAUAGAGGAAAUUCUUUUAUUGUCCUGGGGUGAGUUCUAGAAAAUCUUUGCAGAGUUAAUUAUCUUGGACUUGAGCCUUCAUGCUGAACAGUGAAAAUCGUAUUUUUCAUUCAUUUCGUUUGGUCUUUCAGUCAAACUCUUGAUUAUGAGUUAGAGGUUGAAUUGCGUCAACUACCAGAGCUUCCCUCCAGGCUUUUUAAUGUCGCCUCCAGUCAUCUCCAUUAGUCUGACCUGACCAGACCUCGCCAAGGGGGGGCAGGUGAUUCAUGUCAAAAAGGAAAAAAAAAAAAAAGAAUAAGAAUGAAGUUCCAGCUUUUGAUACAGGCUCAUAUAUAUAUUUUGUGUGCACCUAUUCCAAGAUGAGUAUUGUAAAUGUGAAUGUUUUCAAACGAUGUCUGUAUUUAUUUCUUGCUCUGUCUUGUUUAUGUUUUUAUAUGAUCACUUCUGGAAGUGCGCCGUCAUUCAUCACCUCUCAGUAUCUUAUAACUUAUCAACUGAAGCAAAUACAAAUAUCCAAACAUUAUCAGAAUUACAGUAAAGGGUCAAAGUGCGCUAUAGUGGAAAUCUGUAAUCAGUGUUAGGAUUAUAGUUUGAAGAUGAUUCUAACAUAAUAAACAUGCUAACAAUG